AUGCGGGGCUUGGUCACUGGGAACCUGAUUGUGACUAAGAAGCGGGGAGGAGCUCACAACAACCAGCACUUAGAUCUGGGCAGACCAAGUUCCUACCUACAGUACCCCAGUUGUAGUCCCAACCAGCAGCUAUGCUCAUCUGCAGAGCCAAGUGGGACAAAACUCACCUGGAAUAAGCUGUACAAUAGUGAGUACAUUUUGUACAAGUAUCAAAUGAAAGAGCCCGUUACCAAGGCUGAUAUGUUGAGAAAUGUAAUACAGAUGUAUAAGAAUCACUUCUAUGAGAUCCUCAGGAAAGCCUCUGAGCAUUUGGAGCUGGUCUUUGGCCUUGACAUGAAGGAAGUGGAUCCCAACAGAAAUACUUAUGUCCUUGUCAAUAAACUGGAACUAAGCUAUGAUGCAAAGCCAAGUGAUGACAGAGAGGUUCCCAAGACUGGUGUGCUGAUGACUGUUCUGGGCGUGAUCUUCACGAAGGGCAACUGCGCCACUGAGGAGCAAGUCUGGGAAUUGCUGAAUAUAAUGGGGCUGUAUGCUGGGAGGAAUAACUUCAUCUGUGGGGAGCCCAAGAAGCUCAUCGCCAAAGAUUUAGUGCAGGAAAGGUACCUGGAGUAUUGCCAGGUGGCCAACACUGAUCCUCCGUGCUAUGAGUUUCUGUGGGGCCGGAGAGCCCACGCUAAAACCGGCAAGAUGAAAGUGCUGGAGGUUCUGGCCAAAAUCCAUGAUACGGUCCCCACUGCCUUCCCAUCCUGGUAUGAAGAGGCUUUGAGAGAUGAGGGAGAGAGAGCCCAAGCCAGGGCUGCAGCCAGGGCUGGCACUGCUGCCCUGGCCAGUGUGCGCUCCAGGGCCAGAGCCAGCAGUUUUUUCUGCCCUGAGUGA